GAAAUUGCUGCUUUCGCCUUGGGAGUUACCAGUUCCGGCCUCCAAGGGGCGGGGAGAAGGGUGAAAAUGCGGCUGUCUGUAUCCGCCGCUAUCUCCCAUGGCCGCGUAUUUCGCCGCCUGGGCCUCGGCCCAGAGUCCCGCAUCCACCUUUUGCGGAACUUGCUCACGGGACUAGUGCGACACGAACGAAUCGAGGCGUCAUGGGCGCGUGUGGACGAGAUGAGGGGCUACGCUGAGAAGCUCAUCGACUAUGGAAAGCUGGGAGACACCAACGAACGAGCUAUGCGCAUGGCUGACUUCUGGCUCACGGAAAAGGACUUGAUUCCAAAGCUGUUUCAAGUACUGGCCCCUCGGUUCCAAGAUCAGAAUGGGGGCUACACAAGAAUGCUGCAGAUCCCAAACAGCAGUCAACAGGAUCGGGCCAAGAUGGCAGUCCAGUUUGGGGACCAGACCCUUGCUGCUCAUCACCACCACCUCCAGUUCCCUCUGUCUACAUGGCCUAUGCCUACCUUGGUCUCCCUAUUUGUGAACACCAUGAAGGCAGAUACUUGA